GGUAUUUAUUUAGAAACUCCAUGUCCUUGGUGCUUGCUGCCAAGACUGCACUGGACCUACUCACUGGCUAGGCACUCACCAUCUACAGUACUCGGCUGGCGUUCUGUGGGCUGGCGGCUGGCGUCAUGGCUGGCUUGAACGAGGCAACUGCUGCAUAUUCUCGGCUGUUCUCACGAAUUCACUAAUCGUGCCGAUUGACACGAAUGCACAGCCGCUACGAAGAUGCAUCAUAUUCUUCAAGGAAUCGUCAAAUCCGACUCUCCGGAAGAAGUCAAACGAAACUUGAUCGAAAAUAAGCUUAUUCCAGCUGCUUCAAAACCGAUGAACUUAAAUGAUUGCCAAUCACUGCUUGAAGCGUCAUGGGACCUCGCAAUCAGUGGCGACACUGGCUUUCUUCAAAACGGUGGAAUUCAGGUGUUCACAGCCUGGUGCAAGCAUCACAGAAAUGCUCUGAUGAGGUUUUUCACCCAGAGUCACUUGACGACAGCACUGACAUCACCUGAGGUCAUUCACAAAGACAAGAUGUUGCAGCUGGUAGCAGCCGUGUUGUCAAACAUGGAAGAUGACCAAGCCUUCCCCAAGAUGUGCUGUGUGGUGCAGGCGCACUGUGUGGCCUACCUGGAUGGGUGCAGGGGGGCCCUGCCUGUCACCUGUGCUAUGGUGUCCCUGCUGGAGCGCUUCCCUCAGUGUGUGCCCAAGAAGGAUCAGCUGGGAAAACUGUGCUCAGUUCUCACAUACUGUGUGGUGGCUGCACCGUGUCCAACUCAAGCACAGGACCUCAAGCCCUACAUCAAAGACAUCAACAGUGUGGCACUCUUCAUCAAGUCUCUGUGGACUUUGUCUGAAGCUGCGCUGCACAAGACACUUGAUGUGGUCUCCGCCAUCCUUACCAGCAGUGAGGACACGUUCUCACCUCCUUUGGCAUCAGUUGUGGAGCUGUUGCCACCGUCUCUGGUGUCAACGGCCACCAGUUCCAUGAGCCAUAGCCUGAGCGGCUCGGUCGAUGUGGAGCCGCUGGUGCGAGCAUCCCGCAGGCUGCUGCAGUGUUUGGCCUGGCCUGGCAUGAACUCAAUGCACCUCUGGGUCACAGCAGCAUUGCGCGGAUUUGUGGCUACGGGCCGCUUUGCUGCCAUUGCUGACCUGUUUGAGUCCUCCGUUGACGUGGUGUUUUGCAGGGCGAUACAGCCAUUGACCUGCAAGUGUGCAUUCCCGGUCCUGACUCUUAUGCUGCUAUCGUACCAGCACUCGCCUGCUCUCUUCCAUAAGAUACUGCCCCACCUGCCAUUGUUUGUGAAAGAACUGCGGAGGCAGAAGAAUGGCGACAUGCUUCAGGAGCUGGCCAGCCUGUCUUACACCAUGAUGUACCUGCACUCAGGCUUUCCUGAUCUCUAUGAUCCUGUGCUAGAUGCGCUCAAGGAUGUGUCAGCAGCAGCACCCAGUGUGGAUGAAAUGCAGCAGCUCCUGAGCCAGUACCGAGUGGCCUCGGCUGGAGAGCAUUACAUUGGGGGCAUUGUUGGUGAGGCGACCGCCUUGGUGCGCCGUGAGGCCGAGCUUGUGGGUCUCCUCAACCUGGGCAACACCUGCUAUGCCAACAGUGUGCUCCAGGCACUCUACAUGACGUCACGCCUGAGGAACCAGCUGCUUCAGAGCAACACUGUGCCACCAGGGACCAUCUCGAAGAGCCUGCAGGAGCUGUUUGCCUUCUUGGCGCUAUCAGAGCGGCCGGCUGUGUGCCCUGAAGACUUUCUUCGUACCUCUAAGCCACCCUGGUUCCAGCAGGGAGAGCAGCAGGACUGCUCUGAGUUUCUUCGUUACCUGGUUGACUCGUCCCACGAGGAACAAAAAAACCAUGGCUUCCAGCUGAGUGGCUCAAACACCACAGGGCAGACCCUGAUUCAGGAGGUCUUUGGGGGAGUGGUGUGCACCACUUACUGCUGUCUUACUUGCAAUGGUGAGAGCAAGAAUGAGGAAGCAAUCACGGACCUGCAUGUGGCUUUCCCCGAGGGCUCAGUGUCCAGGACAGUUGGUGGCACUGAGAGCAAGGCAUACCACACACGGUCAACUGCCAAGUCAGGGACGGCCGAGGCCAAAAAUGAGUCCUCCGAGGAUACUUCCAAGCCACUUACCCUGGAAGACAUGCUCGUGACUUACUUUGAACCAGAGAGCAUGGAAGGCGAGAACAGAUACCACUGCAGCGUGUGUGGCACACUGAGGGAUGCACGCCGCACUGUAGCUCUGGCAGAGCCUCCGAGGCACCUCGUGCUGACCCUGAUGCGCUUCUCGUACGAUGGCGCCACGGGAACCAGAGCCAAAAUCCUCCGGGAGGUGGCAUUCCCCCAGACUCUAGUGCUGCCCUCCAAUUGCGGCCUUGGCAGUGACCAGCAAGCCACCUACAUUCUCUAUGCUGUGGUGGUCCACUCGGGCACUUCGGCUGACCGUGGCCACUAUUACACAUACGCCCGAUAUUCCAGCCAGGAGUCACUGUCACCACGCAAGUCAGCCUACCGCUCGGGGACUCCUGAUCCCUUGUGCAAGCGGUGGUACCUGUUCAACGAUAGCCGUGUGUCUGCAGCGUCUUAUGCCAGCCUGCAAGGUCUGACAAGCCGGUUUCCACGGGACACUGCCUAUGUGCUCUUCUACCGACAAAUGGACAGUGACCUUGCCUACCAGGAGGCUGCACCUGGGGACCUGCUCCACCCAAGCCUUCGGGACAUGGUUGACUUGGACAAUAUCAAGUACUUUGAGGAGCAAGAAGCAAAGAGCAAGCGUGCCCGCUGGUCAUUCAAGACGCACAAUGGCAGUGACUCCUUUGAUGGUGGGCCUUCACCAUCCACAGGCGGGUGUGGUGGAGGCAUGGGGGGUGGCCUCGGCGACAUGCCACACAUGGUUUUCUAGCAGUCCAGCCUGCCAGUGCACUGUGAGCAGCCAAAGAACAGCGCUGGCAUAAGUCACUGAGUGACAUGAAAAAUAGUGAAACAAAUUACAGCAUGGCAGGUCAUUCACACAAUCUCUUGGCUUCUGUUGUUGUUCAUGCAAUUUCUCAUCAGCUAGUGUUCAAGCGGGCAAUCACUGUUGGCCCCUUGUUUGUGAUAAUCAUGUAAAUUAUUUGUUAACGGUAAUACAAUUAAAAUGUUGCAUCAGUUCCUGUAAACUACUAUUAUGAAUGUGUGGCAUUCUGCUGCUGAUUGUGUAGAAUAGAUGUUAAGCUUUUAUACCCUAGUGAACCUUUUUUAAGUGUGAAAGGAAAUUGCUUUUUACCUGUAAGAUACAUUGCCGUCCUACAAGUGUGAAUAAAACAACAUCAUGUUAAACCACCA